GUGCAAGAGUUAUAAUCAAGAUGGCAUUCACUCAGCCAUCAAAGCGAGGUGAAUGGGUGGAAGAAAAGAUUCUUGGGUCUGGAGGCUUUGGUCAAGUUGUUCUCUGGAAAAAUGAGGAUUCAGGAGAAUAUGUUGCCAUAAAAAAGUGUCGUGUUCAAAGUGAAAUGACGCAGAAGCAUCGAGAACGAUGGACCUUAGAGGUGGACAUUAUGAAACGUUUAGAUCACCCCAAUGUUAUAGCUGCCAAAGAGGUACCCCCAGUACUGAAUGUUGGUACCGGAGAGCUCCCGUUAUUGGCCAUGGAGUAUUGUCCUGGAGGGGAUUUACGCAAGGUGCUGAAUAAACCAGAGUACUGUGUUGGACUAAAGGAGUUUGACAUUCGGUGUCUUGUGAGGGAUAUUGCUUCAGCCAUUGAAUAUCUACAUGGUAAAAGAAUCAUUCAUAGGGACUUAAAACCAGAAAACAUUGUGCUGCAGACACAAGAGGAACAGACUGUAUACAAACUGAUAGACUUGGGUUAUGCUAAGGAGCUAGAUCAAGGAAGUGUUUGUACCUCCUUUGUUGGAACUCUCCAGUACUUGGCCCCUGAACUGUUUGCCAGUCAGAAAUACACAUGCACGGUAGACUACUGGUCCUUUGGGACUGUGGUGUUUGAAUGUAUUACAGGAUUCCGUCCCUUUCUCCCUCAAGUCCCACCAGUUACAUGGCAUAGGGAAGUUUGCAAAAAAUCUCCCGAAGACAUAACAGCAUUUUAUAAUUCUGAAGGAGUGGUAAAAUUCUCCAAGAAAAUUGUAACACCAACACAUUUAUGCAGAAGCAUGCAGGCCUAUUUUGAGCAGUGGUUACGACUGAUGCUGAGGUGGGACCCUAAAGCCAGAGGUGGAGGGCUCAUUGAGGGGAGACCGCAGUGCUUCAAAAUCCUGGACACAAUGCUCAGCAUCAAGAUAGUGCACAUUUUAUAUGUGGCCAACAAUCAACUAUUAUCCUACCCAUUGCUGGACAACUAUUCUAUGCUUGAACUUCAAGAAAAUAUUGAAAAAGAAACAGGGGUGAAAGUUCAGGAUCAAGACAUUCUAUUGGCUAGUGGGGCAUCACCUGACCCUAACCUUGGAGCACAUCAGUGCUGGACAGCUCCGGGAGAGGAGGAUUGGGUAGUGUUCAUGUUCAUCAAGGGAGAGAAUCAAGGUGGUGGAGAUAAAAAGAACAAGCCAUUGCCACCUAAUGUUCAGAGCAUUGUGAAAGACUCCAAAACAGCUUUGCCAUAUAAUGAACAAAAGCGAGCCUGGGCAGAGUCUGUUUAUUUCUGUGGUCAACAAGUGGUGGAUUUCAGGAGACUCAUUCAGAGUCAAAGGGCAGCUAUGUUAAGUUUACUUAGAACCAACUCUAGUUUUCUGAAGAUGAAGAACAAUAUGGUGGGUAGUUGUGAUCACCUAUUGUCAAAGAUGCAGUAUUUCAAAGAAUGUUUACAACAUGACCUUGACAUGUAUGAAAUCCAGAAGUCAGAUGGAGUACAAAAUGCUGAAAAGGUAGUGGCCAAAUGGAAGAGAAUUGGAGAAGAAGUGGAUGUCCAUAGAAACCUGAGAGAGAAAGUGACCAAGCUAGACCAACAAUCCACUGCCUUACAGACCAAGAUUGUGGAAUUACAAAAGAGUCCAUUCGCUCGAGGCAAACUGAAUGAAGUUUUAGAAGAUAUAGAGAAGAAAGCUGUAACUCUAUAUCAUGACAUGAGACAAGCCGGCAAAGGUGGACGGGAUAUCUAUAAAGACCACAGCCCAAUGGUUCAGAUUGUCGUAAAGUGUCUCAUCCAUAGGGAUAAAAGUUUACAGGAUUUAUACACACAUUUAGGGAAAAUCUGUGCCUGUAAACAUGAACUGUUCCAGUUAUUACCCAGCAUUCAGCAGUGCUGUAAACAGAUCACAGAUGCCACAAACAAACUGUUACAGUCACAGAAACAGAGACAAUCUGAUAUCUGGAGUCUGAUCAAAAUGGCUACACAAAAUGGCAUGACAAGGCAGGAUUCCAAGGGAAGUAACUCUGCAAACUCCUGGGGUGCCUCUUCAUUAGAGUCCAUGAAAGUCUGCGAUGACAACAGGGAGACUGUCAAAAAAUUUGAUGACAUUAUAAAGACAGUGAUGGAGGAACAUGAAGAACACAUGUCUUCAAUGGAUUGGAGUUUUCUACCUCCUUUACAAAAGAACACUUCCUGAUUCUGACUUACAUUCAUAUUCUGCUCAACUACCAAGUUAGGAAACAUUCCAGAAGUCUCAGAUUUAUGGGAAAGUGCAAUAUUUAUCAAGCAUUUUAUAGACUAUGAACCUGAAGUUUAAAGUACCUACAUGUUAUUAAAUUUGGAUGGAUCUGAUACUUGGAUCUGAAUAUACAUGUAGUACAUUUCAGUAAUGAUGAUUGCAGUUUGUACUGAAUUUGUUUUAAAUUUAGUUUGCAAAGGACCAAUGUCAUGCUUGCUCAAAUUAAAGUCCUAUUUGUGAAAGUGUAAUGUUUAGAAUAGGUUAUGUUAAUGGGAUGUUGGCAAAGUUAAUGAUACAUGAAGUAUCUUUUUCAAUACCUGAAUGAGAGUUCUUUCAGUAUAUACAUGUACCUAUAGGUUUUAUUAUUUGGAAAGAACCAAAUGUGGUUUGCUAAUGUUUGAUAAACAUUAAUCUUGGCUGUUACAUUUUAGAAUGACCUAGGUUGUACACUGUGUUUGAUUAUGGAGUUUCUUUGUUGUAGAACUAAUUAAAUCUUCCAUAGAUGUAUUUUGAUGAACAGUGACUACGAAUGAAUAUUACACUUUCAUAUUCUGCUCAAUAAUAUUUAUUUUGCCAGUAGUUUGUCUUUUCCCCAGUUAAAUAAAAAAAAUCCUUUUGUCAUGGUUAUCAAAUAAAUUUUGUAAGUGCUAUAACUUGACCCCCUUGAUUGGAAUUAAUUAAAACUUACAUUGUCGUAUGUUGCAGGAGUCUUUUUAAAGCAGGUUAUGAUGUCAACAAGCUUAUAUCUGUAAAUGUCAUUUGGCAUAAAGACAUGUCCAUACUCCACAGAAAAUCAAACUAGAAUUAUGUAUAUUCCCUAUCUUAUGCAAAUACGUACAAAAUGACUCAUAGAGGUCAAAUCAAGUCAACUGUUGAUAAAAAUAAGUACAUGUAUUACAAGUGAAUCUUACUUCACAUGUAAUGAAGUAAAAAUAGUCCUUUAAUAUUUGAAAAUCAAUAGAAUUUGUUGAUCAUGACAUGGACAUAUGUUAUAACAAGUUUUCAAGGCAAUAAUUUAAUUGUUAAGUGAAAUAGUUAAAGUAUCUUGAACAGUUCCUCUUGAUAUCCAUUACAUGAAAUUUAGCAGAUCUUCAUUGAAUAAAAUGUCAAUGUUAUGUUUCCUUUGAUCUAAGGUUGGCAAAGUAGGAAAAAAGACACAUACCGGUAUUUUUGUUUUAAAACAUUAUCAACAUGUUUCAUUUAAUGUAACAAUAGUCCCCUGUCUGUUUGUUUUGUCCAGGUUGUUUUUUUUUUUUUAUUUUCAUCAUAGUAAGUUUUUAAGAAGUUCAUUUGUAUAUGUAUCUGGGAUUAGUUAUGUCAAGUACCUGUGUACUAUUUGUUAAAGUGAAAUCAUUUUUGAUGUCUCAUACUCUUAAAUAUCUUCAGACCUGUCAAGCUUGAGAUACCAUGGUUAGUCUAUACCAGUAAUUUGCUACUGCCAUUGUUAAUUCAUAGUCAUAAAACAUUGUAUAAAUUGUCACUUUCGUUUUGCUAUUUAAUUAUCUGUUUGUACAUGUUGACAGAAAAUUGAAACAAAAACCCUUCUGUCCAUUAAGAUGGUGUUGAAGCAAGAUGAUGCUUCUCACACAGAUGUUUGCAGAGACAGAUUCAGAACAUCGUACUUCAGUAUUUUAAUUAAUUACUUACCCGGUAAAUAGCUAGGAGUUAUUUAUGGGGUUUUAAGAUUUUUUUUCAUUCUUGUACACUAUGUGUAUAUUGUUGAUAUAAAGUCAUUCAUAUAGAAAAUGAUUGUACAAAUCCAAGUUUGCAUAACUUACAUAAAUUCUUGUGCUGAUAAAAUGACUUGUUCUAAACAAUUCAUAAUUGUGUCAUAAUUACCGAUAAAUUCAGACAUGCAGGCAAAUGUUUCAUAAUAAGAUAACUGUGAUAUUUUGUUAUAAAUUCUUGUUUUAUGGUGCUUUUAUAUGUAUGUUUUAAGUUAAAACUUAAGGAUUAUGUAGUAUUAUGGAGAGUACAUAUAUAUGACA